AUGUCACUAUCACUUCCGCUGUCACGCAGUGCAACCUUCUUGACCUUGUCACAUCAUCCCUCUUUAUCGACGUUGGCAUUUCUAUUUCUAUAUCACUCCUCCCAAGUCAGAACCGGCGUCAUGGCUAUGGGAGGUGAUGGUGAUGCUCGAGGAGCAACGCAGCUCAAGUAUAACGGUACAGGCGCAACAGGUGCUAAUCCGCUCAAUAUGGAUGUCAAUAUCUGGUACGAGCCUGGUGAUAUCGCCUGGAUGCUCUCGGCCACGGCUUUAGUGCUGCUAAUGGUUCCUGGCGUUGGCUUCUUCUAUUCAGGCCUCGCCCGCCGCAAAUCGGCUCUGUCGCUUAUAUGGCUCUCAGUAAUGAGCGCUGCAGUAACAACUUUCCAAUGGUUCUUCUGGGGCUUCUCUCUCACCUUCUCGCAUACGGCCGGCCCGUUUAUCGGUGACCUUGCCAACUUUGGCUUUCGCGAUGUCCUAGCCCGGCCCUCGGUUGGUUCCGCACAUCUCCCCGAUAUGCUCUUCGCCGUUUACCAGGGCAUGUUCUCCGCCCUAACUGUGGCUCUCGCUACCGGUGCCGUCGCCGAGCGUGGCCGCAUGCUCCCCUGCAUCAUCUUCACCUUCGUGUGGGCCACUGUCGUGUACGACCCUAUUGCUUGCUGGACCUGGAACCCCAGUGGCUGGUCUAACAAGAUGGGCGGCCUCGAUUUUGCCGGAGGUACCCCUGUGCACAUCGCUUCUGGAAGCGCUGCUCUGGCUUAUUCCAUGAUGCUGGGCAAGCGUAGUGGCCAUGGAACUCAUGAGCUCAACUACCGCCCUCACAAUGCUACUCAUAUCGUGACCGGAACGGUCUUCCUUUGGGUUGGAUGGUUUGGCUUCAACGCCGGCUCUGCCCUCUCUGCUAACCUUCGCGGCGUAAUGGCCGCCGUCGUAACUAACCUUGCUGCUUGCGUCGGUGGCAUAACCUGGUGUCUCUUGGACUAUCGUCUGGAGAGGAAGUUCUCCACUGUCGGCUUUUGCUCUGGUGUUGUUGCCGGUCUCGUCUGCAUCACCCCUGGCUCUGGUUACGUCCCCCCAUGGGCUGCUGUCAUCUUUGGUGCUGUCGGCGCUGCUGGCUCUAACUAUGCUACCAAGGUGAAGUUCCUCCUUGGAAUUGAUGAUGCCCUCGAUAUCUUCGCCGUCCACGGUAUCGGUGGUUUGAUCGGCAAUAUCUGCACCGCCUUCUUCGCCACCCCAAGCAUCGCUGCCCUCGACGGCUACUCUCACAUCAAGGGCGGUUGGGUCGAACGUCACUGGGCGCAGAUGGGUUAUCAAUUAGCCGAUUCCAUCUGUGGAGGCCUAUACUCAUUCGUCGUCACUUGCAUCAUCCUAUUCCUCAUGAACCUCAUUCCCGGUCUGCGUCUUCGAGUCGACUCGGAUGCUGAAGUCCAGGGUAUUGACGACGCUGAGAUUGGAGAGUUCGCAUACGACUACGUUGAGCUUACCCGUGAAGUCGUCAGCGAUAUCGACAACGAGUCUGGAAGCCGAUACUCAGCUGAUCCUACGGCUUUUCACCAUUACGAAAAGAACCACAUCCCUAUGAUUGAUGCUCGCAUGUUUGGUGGCCAGCCCGCGCAGGCCCCUGUGACGUUUCCACAGUGA